CCUCUUCGUAAAAGUAUAUAUAUAUAUAUAUAGAGAGAGAGAGAGAGAGAGAGAGAGAGAGAGAGAGAGAGAAAUCGAGAUCUUAGUAGUAGCGGUAGUAGGGGAAUUGGGGGAAUUGAGGGAAUUGAGGAGGGGGGAGGAGGAGAUGUGUAUUCCGGUGGUGUUGGUGUGCGACGAGGAGGAGAGGGUGGUGGGGGCGCCGCAGCAGGCGCCGGGGAGCUGCCCGUUCUGCGGAGGCGGCGUCGUCGCCGCCGACGUCGAGAGCGCCUGCAGGUUCUGCUUCCUCCUCCCCAUCUGCUUCAGGACCAAGCGCAGGUUCCACUGCUCCUCCUGCUCCCGCCCCCUCGUCCCCUUCUCCACCCCUAAUUUCCCUGCUUACUAUUAUUAGCUCUUCAUGAAGACCCCUCCUCCUAUUUCACUUUCAUUUCCAUUUUCUCCAGUGUGUAAUCAAUUAAUUAGUAGUUGCUAUGAUAUGAUAUCACGCUUAUGUGUAUUAUUAUUAUGUUUAUCAUUAUUAUCAUCAUUACUACUAUAAUAAUGCUCAAGGAAAAUUAAAAGCAAGAAAAAAAAAAAGGGAAUUAUUAAAAUCAUUCAAGGGAGGAGGAGGAGGAGGAGGAAGGAGGAGUCGUCCACUUGAUGUAUGAGCUUAUCUCAUGUUGUCUAAAGCUUUCUUAAAUAGGUAACAUUAAAAUAAAAGGGUCAAUUUCAUGCCGCUCCAUGUCAACAUAUGGAAUAACCAACAUAUUUCUACAAAA